AUGGAAAAUUUCCAGUACAGCGUCCAGCUGAGUGACCAGGACUGGGCUGAGUUCUCAGCCACUGCCGAUGAGUGUGGCCUCCUGCAGGCUGGCCUGGCCUCUGGGGACGAGCCCUUGUCCAGUGACAUUGACCAAGGGGACAGCAGUGGCAGCAGUCCCCCCGGGCACCUGCCUCUCCCAACUGGGCAGCCAGCUGCAGGAGGGCGGAGCUGGCGGGGCUGCGAGGAGGAGGACGUGGCCACACAGCAGCUGGUCAGCAGGUCUCUGUGUGAGCCUGUCUUGGCCCUGGGGACCGGUCAGCAGACACCCAGCACGUCCACACGGGCAGAGGCUCCACCGUCCCUCGGCCCCAGCGCCAGCCCUCCCUGCCAGUGCUCAUCCUGCCCUGGUCCGGCGUCUUCUGGAGACCAGAUGCAGAGGCUUCUGCAGGGCCCUGCCCCACGGCCCGCUGGUGAGCCCCCUCGGAGUCCCGAGUCCCCUGGCCACAGCACUGGCUCCCAGAGGCCCCCCGAUAGCCCUGGAGGCCCAGCACGGAGCCCCAGCCGAAAGAAGAGGCGAGCUGUGGGUGCCAAGGGGGGUGGGCACGCAGGAGCCUCUACUUCUGCCCGGACGGGCUCCCCGCUGCUCCCUGCGGCCAGUCCUGAGACGGCAAAGCUGACGGCCACAGCCAGGCAGGAGGAGCUGGGGCCAGGCCCUACGGGAGCUCCUGAGCCAGGGCCAGAUUUGAGCCUAUCUACACUUGUCCCUGUGACUGAGCAAGGCACAGACCAGAUCAGAACCCCUCCCCGAGCUGAGCUGCACACGGUGUCCACACCUGUCCAGGAAGCCCACCCAGAUGUCUCAAGGGCUAAGUCAGACAUGGCUGUGUCCACACCUGCCUGCGAGCCGCAACCUGACACGGCUGUGUCUACACUGGCUUCUGAACCUCAGUCCAGUGUGGCCCUGUCUACACCCAUCUCUAAGCUGCAACCUGACACGGACACGGCUGUGUCCACACCUGCCUCCGAGCAUGGCCUGGACAUGGGCUUGCCGACAGCAGGCCCAGUGGCUGAGCUAGAGGUGGCUUCAUCUCCACCUGUCUCAGAGGCUGUGCUGAGGAUGACCGAGUCCAGCGGGCUUGUGUCUGCCCCUGUUCCCACAGCUGACGCCGCUGGCCCCGCCUGGUCUCCCACCCGCAGAGCUGGGCUUGAUGUGGAGACGGAGGUUGUUGUGUCUGCGCCCUCAGCAGGGGCCCCUGGAUACCGCUCUGGGGAGCCCGCACCGGGUCUCACCCAAGUCCCCAAGAAGAAGAAAGUGCGCUUCUCCGUGGCUGGGCCCGGCCCCAACAAGCCAGGCUCAGGAGAGGCCUCAGGCCUGGCCCCAUUGGCCACAGCCAGGCCCUCAGCCCCCCAGACAGCAACUGGGGGCCACGGGGGGCCCGGAGCCUGGGAUGCUGUGGCCGUCGGGCCCCGGCCCCACCAGCCUCGGAUCCUCAAGCACCUGCCUCGCCCCCCUCCCUCUGCCGUGAUGAGGGCCGGGCCCGGGCGUAGCUUUGCCGUGACCCUCCCGGAGGCCUACGAGUUCUUCUUCUGUGACACCAUCGAGGAGGACCAGGAUGCUGAGGCGGCAGCGGCUGGUCAGGAUCCGGCAGGCAUCCAGUGGCCAGACAUGUGUGAAUUCUUCUUUCAAGACACUGGAGCCCAGAGGCCGAGGCAGCGGGGGCCCCCGGCGCCACUCCCAAGAGCUGAUCCUGUACCGGCCCCCGUACCUGGAGACCCUGUGCCCAUCUCCAUCCCUGAGGCCUAUGAACAUUUCUUCGGGGAGGACAGGCUGGAGGGCGUGCUAGCGCCGGCUGUCCUGCCCCAGCUGCAGGCCCUGGAGCCUCCCAGGUCGGCCUUCCAGGGGGCGGGGCCGGAGACCCCCCUCAAGCCAGCCGCAGCAGAGCGGCUCCACCUGGCUCUUAGGCGGGCAGCAGAGCUCCGGGGGCCUGUCCCGUCAUUUGCCUUCAGCCAGAAUGACAUGUGCCUGGUGUUUGUAGCGCUUGCCACCUGGGCUGUGAGGACGUCAGAUCUGCAUACCCCAGACGCUUGGAAAACAGUCUUGCUGGCCAACGUUGGCACCAUCUCUGCCAUCCGCUACUUCCGCCGGCAGGUGGGGCAAGAGCGCCGCAGCCCCAGCUCCUAG